CAUCAUCGAAAUCAUAUUCAAAUGCUGCAAAUGUUCAAAACUCUUAUAUAACCUUUGGAUGACAUGUCAAUAACCGAAAAUAUAUAGUUUUCCAUCCAUAUCCAUUUUGAAUAUUAGAAAUGACAUUGGCCCCAAAAAUGACAUCCGAUUGCAACAAUGAACCUGAUCAACUUGGGGUUUUCUCGUGUCAUGCGUGGCUGCUUCCAUUAAAUGGCAAUUUGUUGAUGUAUAUAAAAAGGGUCGUUGGAAUCAAAUCAAAUUCAUUCAACAACUUAUAACCAUGUCAGCUAGUCACUUAUUGAUAUUAACUUGCUGCUUAGUGCUGGCACAAAAUGUCCGAGGUCAAACACAGAUUAAUUGCCAGCGACCACCUCAAUUAGUGGAUCCAUCAUUAUGUUGUCGAGAUGGCGGUCGGGAUCAGAUUACUGAGCAAUGUGCUCAGAAAAUUGUUGGAUCAGCUGCCAAUGGUCCACCAUCGAUAGAAACUGCCACGUGUCUAGCGGAAUGCAUACUUACCACAUCCAAUUAUAUAACAGAGCCCCAGAAGAUCAAUGCGACUAACAUUCGGAAUAAUCUGUCGGCCAAGUUCUCCGAUAAGGAAUAUGUAGAAGCCAUGUCCAUGGCAUUCACCAAAUGCGAGCCACAGGCACAACAGAGACUUGCCGUAAUCCAGCAGCAACAACGUCAGCAACCAAAAUGCAGUCCCUUUUCGGCCAUUCUCCUGGGUUGCACAUAUAUGGAGUACUUUAAGAAUUGUCCAGCCAAUCGUUGGACCCAGAGUACGGAAUGUGCUUUAGCCAAGACAUUUGUAACUCAAUGUGGCUUGGGAGCUUGAGAUUGUUGUUUUGUAUUGUUGUUUAUUAGUAUUUAAAAUAGUUUGUAUAAAACAGUUUUUCAAAUUUUAA